AUGCCAGGCCUGAUCCCGAAGCCCGUCCUGCUCCCGAUGCCGGUCCUGAUCCCGAUGCCCGUCCUGAAAUCUGUGCCAGUCCUGAUACCGGUGCCAAUCCUGCUCCCAAUGCCAAGCCUGAACCCGAUGCCAGCCCUAUUCCCGAAGCCCGUCCUGAUACCGGUGCCUGUCCUGAUGCCAGUGCCCGUCCUGAUACCGGUGCCAGUACUGAUACCGGUACCCGUCCUGAUAUCGGUGCCAGUACUGAUAUCGUUGCUAGUCCAGGUCCCGAUUGCUGUACCGAUUUCGAUCGCCGUCCUGACUGUCCUUACUCCAUUCCCGGUCCUGAUCCGUUCUGAAUUACAUUCAUUUUUUUAA